AUGAUGAUCAUGAGAGCUGUCUUACUUUUUGGCCUCACGUUGGCGUUCUUCUUUAAUGGGAUUCUAACCGGCACUGGCGGGCCAGCGCCCACAACAGGGUUCGAGCUAUCGGCCAAAACAUCACAAUCCGUCGAGUGUAACGGUGCGGGUGCCAUCCCACCAGCCUCACUAGUCGAGUUCACGUUAGCACCCGACAAUGGUAAAGAUUUCUUCGAUCUCAGCCUCGUCGACGGCUUCAAUCUGCCUCUCACAAUCACACCACAAGGAGGGUCCGGUCCAAAUUGCACCACCACCAGGUGCCAAGGCGACGUGAACUCCGUUUGUCCAUCAGAAUUGGCCAUCAAAGGGUCCGGCGGGGAUGUGAUCGCUUGCAAGAGCGCGUGUUUGGCGUUGAAUGAGCCGCAGUACUGCUGUACGGGGUCGUUUGGAUCGCCUGAUACGUGCAAGCCAAGUAAUUCUUCGAAUAUUUUCAAGGGAAUGUGUCCACAGGCUUAUAGUUAUGCUUAUGAGGAUCGUACUAGCACGUUUACGUGUAGUGGUGGAGCUAAUUACGAUAUAGUGUUCUGUGAAUGA